AUGGCCAGCCAAAUGCAAAUCCAAUUUCAACACUCAGAAGAUCCCAAUCAAUCUCUUCAUGUUCAGAAUUGGAAGGCUCCAUUCAAUGUUGUUGGUGGUGCAAGCAUGUUUUGUUAUCAUCCACCGUCAAAGGAGGUCCCCGUAAUCCUUUGUUUCCUAUUACUUGCAAUCAUAUCUGAGCGCCAGCCUCAUGAUCUCGAUGAUGGAUGUGAGGGCGAUGAUGAUUUUGAUGAUGAUGUUGGUGACGUUGAUGGCGAUAUUGACGACGUUGAUUACAGCAACGAUGCUUUCUCAAAUGCCAUAGAUGUGUUCUCAUUGUCAGAGGCAAUAGACAUUAUGGAAAAGAAAGCAUAG